AUGACGAAAGUGAGCCACAUCCCACCGGAACUAGGGGCUCUCAGCGAGCUGCAGGAGCUGCGGCUCGACAACAACAAGCUUACAGGCACCAUCCCGGCGGAGCUGGGCAAGCUUGAAGCACUGAAGACGCUCGACCUUGAACACAACAAGCUAAGCGGACCCAUCCCCAAGGAGCUGGGAGCACUUCGUAGGCUGGGAGCGCUUUUGCUCCACCGCAACAAUCUCACAGGUUCUAUACCGAAGGAGUUGGGAGACCUUACGAAGCUGAGGCAGCUUGAACUGCACUGGAACCGUCUUACAGGUUCCAUCCCGCCGGAGGUUGGAGAGCUCGCCGCACUGCAGUUCCUCGACCUCUCGCACAACCAGCUCACCGGGCCUAUCCCGCCGGAGCUGGGCAAGCUAACAGCGCUGGUGAAUCUCCGACUGUGGCACAACCAGCUAUCCGGGACCAUCCCGAAGGAACUCGGAGCUCUGAGGCAGCUGGGUAUGCUUUGGAUUUCCGACAACCAGCUUUCCGGACUAUGGCAUACACUCGGACAGGACCAGAUUGGUUCAAUGGCAGCCCGGCGAGGUACGCUUCCGGUGGAUUUAGCCCGCCUUCUCGACAUGCUUGACGGUCUUUCUUCUUGGAAAGUUGGCCGAAACCCGUGGGAGCACCCUCCCGAGGCGAUCGUGGGGGGUGGCCUACAGGUGGUGAGGGGCUACUACGAGGCCAUGUUCAUGGGCGGAACUACCGCUGUGACCCGACCGCUAAAGGUCGUCAUCGUUGGAAAGGAGACUGUUGGCAAGACAAGGUACGAAGGCCACUUAAAGUUUUGUCCAUUUUCCUCAUUCUACAUGUGCUCACUCGACUUUGCGGAGCUAUUUUCUUCACUGUUCCCACAUCGCUGACCGCUGGGUUACGAGUACCGACACUAAGCCGUUGGUGAUAAUUUACGGACGGUGCUCUACAGCCUUAUUUGUUGAACGGUGAGAGGGAGUUCCGGCGCUCCACAAAUGUUGAGUCAGUAGGGUAGGACUAUAUCCUGCAGGGGAGUAUGGUCCAAACAAUGCACCUGCCCUCCCCGCGGGAUCGCCAGUUUGAUUUUUUUUCGGUGCUUCUCAACAAUCUACUGUUGAUGUUGCGAAAAUCAGUUGCGACGCUAGUGUAUAGGUGCAAUCAGGGCCGCAACCCGUAUGCAUGGUCGCGGUUCACGCGUGAUGCCAGUUGUUUUCAUUUUUUGAUUGGUAUGGCAGUUGCCAGCCGUACACUCAACCAAGCACACAACGUUUUACGUAGCCGCACCCUGCCCCACGUUACACACGAAACUAUUGUACUCCUUCGUACGUACUGGUAUCCGUAG